AUGCAGCCUUCUCAAGAUGAUAUCAAGGUCAUGACGCCCGACGGCGAACGCAACGUCGUCAUGGUCAAUGGCAAAGAAGUUGUCGUAAGCUCCGCCACCGAGAAGCCCAACCGCUCUUUCUGGGUUGCUUGGAUGUACAUCUUCGAUUGGUAUCCGAGUCAUUACUCUCCCGAAGAAAAACGACUAGUACGCAAGCUCGACUGCGUCUUGCUUACUUUGUGCUGCCUUUGCUUCUACAUAAAGUGGCUGGAUCAAAACGCACUCAAUACUGCGUAUUGGUCUGGCAUGCGGGAAGAGUUGGCGAUAAAGGGCAAUGAGUAUUCGCUCUUCGGAACUUUCUACAAUAUCGGUUACAUGAUCUUCGAAAUACCGAGCAUGAUGAUCAUCUCACGUCCAAAGCUGGCUCGGUAUUACGUCCCGACAAUGGAAUGCGCCUGGUCUAUCUUGACUUUCACGCAGUCCCGCUUGAGUAGCGUACCGCAGAUUUACGGGCUUCGCUUCCUUCUUGGUGUCCUAGAAACUCCUGCUUCGACUGGCUCGAUCUAUCUUCUCACAUCCUGGUACCGCGCUGAUGAGGUGUUCAAGCGUGCCGGCGUUUGGUAUGUUUCAAGUAAUGCUGGCGCUAUGUUCAGCGGCUAUCUACAAGCCGCUGCCCACAAGAACCUCGACGGAAUCCAUGGGAUGUCGGGAUGGCGCUGGUUGUUUAUUAUCGAUGGAUCCAUCUCUUUGCCCAUUGGUCUCGCCGGCUUCUUCCUAUACCCUGGACUUCCCACUAGUCCAAAGGUUUGGUGGCUGACAGAAGACGAGAGAAAACUCGCCGUCGCGCGCAUGCAGAGCCAGGGUACAAAGCAGAGCGGCAAGAUCGGCAAACGUAUGCUCAAACGCGUAUUUACUCACUGGCACUUCUAUGUCGCGGUCUUGACAUACGUCUUCUUCCAAUGUACGAGCUACGUUGGUGGUCAGAUGCAAGCUUGGCUCAAGAAGGAAGCCGAUCUGAACGGUACCUACACCAUCGAAGAGAUCAACCUCAUCCCCACCGGAGUUCAAGGCCUGGCCAUCGUUUGUGGCAUUUUAAUCACUAGUUUGGUGAUGAUUUAUCCGAUGUGGAUCGUUUUUUCCGUAGUCACGGCAAUUUUGCUUUUCGCAAACGUGUGCUUGCGAGUGUGGUACAUCCCACUUGGCCUUCAUUUUACUUGCUAUUACCUGCUUGGCCUGACGUCUUGCGUCACCCCCAUCCUGUUUCCGUGGGUAAAUAUGAUAAUGAAGGAUGACAACGAAGCACGAAGUUUCACCACUGGUGCAAUGAUGACCAUCGGCUGGGCCUUCUUCUCCUUCUAUCCGAUUACUGUAUUUCCCAUCCUGGAAGCGCCGCAAUGGACUAAGGGCUAUACUGUCAACAUCGUAUUCAUCAUUUGCUACUGGAUUCUCUUUAUGGUUGGACAAUACCUCUGGCGCCGUGAAGAGAAGACUAAGAAGUUUGACAUCAACAGGCAAGAGGACGAAGAUGUUCUUAAUAAACCAGAAGCAGUUCACAUCGAGGUUGCAGAUGACAAGACCAUGAAGGAAGGUGCUGGAUUCAGCGAGACGGCAGCUCAGCUAGAGGGCUUCGCGCGGCCGCUUUGGGCUGUUGCCAUCCUAUUCCAGCUCAAGCAACAAGGCAACCAGAGCACGAGCGAUCCCUUAGAAGGUGCAUUAGAACCCUGGGUGACUGGCAUCCGAGCUGGAACCGACCCGCAGAGUCCGGAAUACUGGGGCGAUUUAUCUGACUUUGACCAGCGCAUGGUGGAGAUGGAGUCCAUCGCUUUUGCCCUGCUUGCAAAUCCCACUGUGUUCUCUUUCGACAGUGAGCCAACCACUCAAGCCAAUCUCAUUUCAUGGCUUCGGCAGAUCAAUGAGCAUAAGAUGCCUGAAACAAAUUGGCUGUGGUUUCGGGUAUUGGUUAAUAUUGCGCUAGUGAAGACGCUUAAUGUCCCCUUGCUUGAGGUGCAAGCGCACAUCGAUAAGAGCUUGGAAAAGCUGGACACAUUCGAUAUCGGCGAGGGGUGGUCUUCGGAUGGUCUCUGGUGCGAACAAAGAAAACAAGCCGAUUACUACAGCGGGAGCUUUGCGAUACAGUUUGCGCAACUCCUCUACAUUCGUUUUGCCCCGGAAUACGAUCCAGCUCGUACUUUCAAGUACAUAGAGCAAGCGCGUGAGUUUGGGAAGGAAUAUUGGAGGUACUUCGACCCCCAAGGUGCAGCAAUCCCGUUUGGGCGAAGUCUAACGUAUCGCUUCGCGUUCGCUGCCUUCUGGGCAGCCGUCGUAUUCGCUGGCGUUGAGCUACCAGCUCCAAUUGAGGAGAUGGGAUCGGUGAAAGGCCUGUUGCUCAGGCACUUGCGGUGGUGGGCGAAACAGCCACACAUUUUCAACACUGAUGGGACGCCUAAUAUCGGAUUUGCGUAUCCGAACAUGUACCUUGCUGAAGAUUACAACUCGCCGCAAUCAGUGUAUUGGUGUCUGAAAAGCUUCUUGGUUCUCGGCCUGAAUGACACGGAUGCAUUCUGGCAGGCAGAAGAACUUGGUCAUCCAAGGAUUAGGGAAGAAAUUAUGCGACUCGACAAUGAAGUUGGAGAUGUCAAAGUUCUCUGGCCUCCACGCCAAAUACUGUGCAACACCCAAGAGCACACAUUUUUGCUUUCUUCGGAGCAGUCGACCACUAAACGGUUCAAGGCUCGCGAAGCCAAGUAUGGUAAACUUGCUUACUCUUCUGCUUUUGGCUUCAGCGUACCAUGCGGUCCGUCACUAGAGCAGGUAGCACCAGAUUCGACGUUGCUAGUUUCACUGGGGCUCGAGGAAGACGACUGGAAGGUAAGGUGGAGCCCUUACGAUGUCGAAACUGGAGAGGUGUACAUGAAAGAGUGCGGCGAGACGGUACCGAUCAUGAUGAGUCGCUGGAAGCCAUGGAUAAGGCUUGAUGUGGUCAUCGAAACACUUCUCAUGCCGCCCAUGCGAAGAUGGCCCGGGUGGAGUGUGAGGGUGCACCACGUGAAGUGCACGACGCACCUCUCGAUGAGGGAAAGGCUGCAAAUCGUGGAAGGGGGCUUCGCAGCAAGUGCGCAAGCGGCCGAUAGUGUUUCUAUUUUCGAAGAGCCGUGUGCACCCUUGCCUACUAGAGCCGAGCACAUUGAGAAGACGUUCGGGUGGUGGAGUAACCGUGAUAGCGCUUUCAUACUCUCAGAGUCUGGCGCGAGCGGUAUUGUCAAUUUGACGGAUCCUAGUUUGCGCGACGCAUCAGCGAACGUGCUUGUUUCCAGUAGGGCGACUGUUAUUCGUGCAGACCCUAACACGAAUCUCAUCGCGCAACGCACCCUUAUACCAAUUGUGCAACACGAAGUGAGCGCAGAAGGAGAACACUUUCAGUCUGAUUUUGUCACAGGUGUAUUCGCGAUUGACGCGGCGGCGAAUAUAAACUGGGGUACCAAGUCUAUGCGCUCAGAAAGUGGCAUUGCUCACUACGCAUACAAGGAUGAAACGCCCAAGUACUUCGAAGCCAUAAAAAAAGAGAAAGAUCAAAUUGAGUAA